CCUAAUGUCUGGAAAUGAAGAGCGCACUUUCAUUGCCAUCAAGCCUGAUGGAGUGCAGAGGGGACUUAUCGGAGAGAUCAUCAAGCGUUUCGAACAGAAAGGGUUCAAGUUAGUUGCUAUGAAGUUAAUCCAGGCCGAUGAGGAUCUUCUGAGACAGCACUACUGUGACCUAAAGGAUCGGCCUUUCUUCCCUGGGCUUGUCAGUUAUAUGUCCUCUGGCCCUGUGGUUGCUAUGGUGUGGGAGGGUUUUAACGUUAUAAAAACCGGCAGAGUAAUGCUCGGAGAGACUAAUCCCAUUGACUCCAAGCCUGGGACUAUCCGAGGUGACUUUUGCAUUCAGGUUGUCCGGAACAUCAUUCACGGCAGUGAUUCUGUCGAAAGUGCCAACGCUGAGAUCAACCUGUGGUUCAAACCAGAUGAGAUCUGUGACUACACCAAAUGUCAGGACAGCUGGCUCAAUGGCUGAACACCUUUUCUUUUGCACUUUUCUCUCUCUUUGGUGUUUCUGCUUGGAUUCCAUUUUCAUUUUUUCCACAGUUUCUGGUGUUUGUAUUUACAAUAAAACAAGAAAUCCUGU